UGUUGAUUCACAACGUUUUAGAACGAAAGUUGUUAUUAUGUCAUGUCAUUGUCAGUCAUUAAAAUUGUCAUGUCAGUGUAGUGCUGUGUAGUUAUUUUAUUAUUUUAUUAAAAAAAUGUCUGGAUCUAAGAAGAUGACGCUGCGGGUGCAGUCGUCCGAGGGUACGACGCGUGUAGAGGCUCUGGACACUGAUGUUACGUCGCGACUGUUUGAACGUGUUUAUGAAACCUUGCGCCUCAAUACUUUCGGAUUCGCGUUGUAUAAAGAUCGCGCGAAGAAAGAAGAAAUUACUUCGAGCAAGUCACGUCAGUUACGAGACUAUGGUUUACAACACGGAGACAUGCUUUACUUGAGUUCUGUUAAUGGCACAGUGCUCUUUGAUCAACCUUCUACAAGCAGUGCAGAAGUAAAAAUUAAGCCACAAGAACAAUCAGAAGCUGGUCCAUCAUCAGUAGAACCUUCAAGUUCAGCUACAAAGACUAAUCUCCCUGUGGAGGAUGAAGUGGACUUGGAGCUAUAUCGCCUUCCAGGAACUAUUCAGCGACAAAGAGAUGAAAAAUUAUGCCGUCACAAUUCAAAGGGUUGCUGUGUUCACUGUUCUCCUCUGGAACCAUGGGAUGAGGGUUACCUCAAAGAACAUAACAUAAAGCACAUGUCAUUCCAUUCGUACCUUCGUAAGAUGACAUCUGGCAAGUUCAUCACAUUAGAUGAACUCUCAUGCAAAAUAAAACCAGGCUGCAAGGAGCAUCCUCCGUGGCCGCGCGGCAUCUGCUCGUCGUGUCAGCCCGGCGCCGUGACGCUUAACCGCCAGCCCUACCGACACGUCGACAAUGUGCUGCUGGAGCAUGCUGCACCCGUAGACCGUUUUCUGGCCUACUGGCGUGCCACGGGCCACCAGCGCAUCGGCCUGCUCUACGGACAGUAUGAGCAACAUCCGGACGUGCCACUGGGUGUCCGCGCCCGCGUGGCGGCCGUGUACGAGCCGGCGCAGGAGUGCUCGCGCGACGCCGUGCGGCUGUGUGCGGACGAGCGCGGCGCGCUGGCUGCGGCGCUGGCGGCGCGGCUGCGCCUGCGCCCGGUGGGCUGGCUCUUCACCGACCUGCUGCCGCUCGACCUGGCCGCGGCCACCGUCAAAUCUCUGCGCGGCGUGGAUACACACUUUCUAUCGGCGCAGGAGUGCAUCAUGGCGGGUCACUUUCAGAACGAACACCCUAACGCGUGCCGUCACGCCUCAUCGGGCUACUUCGGUUCCAAGUUCGUCACCGUCUGCGUUACCGGCGAUAGCAACAACCAGAUCCAUCUGGAAGGCUACCAGGUGUCCGGGCAGUGCCAGGCGCUGGUGCGCGACGGCAUCCUACUGCCCACGCGUGACGCGCCCGACCUCGGCUACAUUCGGGACUGCUCGCCACAGCAAUACGUGCCCGACGUGUACUACAAGGAGCGAGACGCGUACGGGAACGAGGUGGGCGUGUCGGCGAAGCGGCUACCGGUGGCGUACCUACUGGUGGACGUGCCGUGCGGCGUCGCACCCACAACGCAGCAGCCCACCUUUAGUCCGCGCGCCACUUUCCCGCCAGCAAAUCGCCCGCUACAGCGGCACGUGCAGUCGCUGCGCGCGCUGCACCGCCAGCUGCAGGAGGCGCCCUCCUUCCUCGACGCCGUAUCUGAUUACCACGUCCUGCUGUAUAUGGCGAGCAACGAGGCGCUUCCGCUGACACUCGAGCAGCUGCAGCCGCUGCUUGACGCCGUGCUGGCGCGCGACGCGGCGGCGGCCGAGGCGUGGCGCGCCGCGCCGCACGCCGCCACGUUGCUGCGACUCGCGCGCGCCGCCGACGAGUCGGAGUCGGCGGGGGAGGCGCGCGCGGGAGCGGAGGCGGGCGGCGCGGAGGCGGGCGUGUGGACGUGUCCGCUGUGCACGUUCCACAACGCGGCGCCCAUGGACGCCUGCGAGAUGUGCGCGAUGCCGAGAAACGCGAUGUAAAUAGAAGAAUAUCAGCGAGCGAGGGGAGUUCACUUUUAUACUAAAGACAGCGCGCGGCGCCGGGAACUAGAAGUUGUUAGUCGCUAGUGUCGAUUUGUUCUAUUAUUUACUUUAAGACAUUGGAAAUAAAUGCUAUUUUAUUGUACCCUAUUCUAUUUGUAUUCACUGAAGAACGUACUGCGUAGUUAUUAUAUUUCAAUAUUUACAAUUAUGAGCUGUGUGUACAUUGUGUUUGUUAAUUUUGCUCUUAUUAUUAUCUAAAUUAUUUAUUCGUCAUUUUUUUUUUUUAAUAUUCUUGUAAUAAAAGUCUGUGAUAGCGCUCUGGAGUUCCGUUAUAUCAACGAAGUUUAAAAAGACGUGAAUGAACAAUUAUAUAAUUCUUAGUGUGUUCUUCCAUUAAGUCCUAAACUCUGAUUGAUCUAAGUUUUGGUACAAGGCCUACAACAUUUUUAGGAAACAUUUUCCUCUAAAAUUUUCUCAUUUUUAUUAUUAUAAAUUUGAAUAAUAUUUACAUAUUUUCUAGUUUUGACCUUGAAAAUAAAGUUUGCGCGAGUUUUAAUACAUUAUCAGCGCGUCGAUAUCCAUGUUUAUACCAUAACUCAGAUCAAUCGGAGAUGUGAGCCAAGCGGAAGUUUAUCCAAUUCCUACACGUAACGUAACUUAGUUUUAUACAAUUUCUACUUAAAAAGGUUGAAGCGAUCUCAAUCAUUGGAGUUGCUAAUCUCGAAACGCGCCCUGUGACAUUUUUACUGACACACGACUAAGCCGUGCGUCAAAUGAAUAUAAAAAUGACUCAAUUCAAGCAAAUUCUAAGGAAUGAACUCUAUCUGUAUUGCAAUGCAAUGCUUAAAAAAUACAAUUAAAAUCAACACGCAUAGAAGUAAAUUGUAUUUUAACGUCAUGUUAUUUUGCCGCUCUAAAAUAGUAAGGCGUUCGAAUAUGGCUCGCGCGUAAAUAUGUAGAAAAAAUAUCUACUUUUACCAUUAAUGACCUUUUCGAAUAUAAUAAAGUUGUAUAUCAGAAAUGUAUUUACUGUAUUGAGCGAUUGAGAUUAUUUUAAUAUUAAAUACUACGCAGUGAACUGCUGCUAACGUCAAAAAUGCAGAUGUCGAAUUGGACGUGUUUCAACGGAAAGGAUCCCAACUCCAAAGAUCCAUAACCUAUUUUCAAAUAAUUACUUCUUAACUUUAAACUGAAAGUAUGUCUGUAGUUAUUGGUUAUAAUUUAAUUACACUCUUUAUUUCUGA